UCGUACAAACGUAUAAUAUUUUGCGCUUGAAUGGUAUGUGAUAUGAAAUAUUACUCAUAAUUAAUGAAAUAAAGCUUCGGAAAUAGAACAGUUUGGUAGAGUGCAACUAACCACCAAUGGAAAAAACGGGACUCUCCUCUUUCUGCCGACUCUGCUUGGUGGAGACCAACAACCGAGUGGUAGUUUUCCCCGAAGGAAAUUUGGUUGAAAACAGGGUUGGUAACUUGAUUGAUCUCGUCGACAUAGAGCUCGACAGAAACAAUGAACCGAAUGCAGUUAUCUGUUUCGAGUGCAUCGCAACACUAGAAGCAUUCCGUCAGUUUAAAGAUCAAUGUCACGAAAACGAUAAGUAUAUGAAAACACUCAGCCACACGACGAGUUUUGUUGAGGUUUUAGACGAACAGAUAGAAGAUCAGUUUUUUGAUGAAGAUGCAGAAUCCGAAAAUGAAUCACCGAAAACAACACAACAAAGACCAAUCCAGUCACCAGAAAAGAAAUCGAUGGCUAGUGUUAACCCAAAGCAUCUGAAAGAUCCCGAGACAAUGGAAUACACGAAACCUCCAGUAGUGAAGACAACCCGGAAUACAGGUGUACCUGUAAUGCCAGUUUUGGAGGAUUCAUAUCCGGACUUUUUCUACUUCGAAAAGAAUGCACGCUCGGUUCACUUUACGAUGGUUUUCUACGGUGAACGUUAUAAUUCGGCUUUAUACUCAAAAAAUAAAACGUACUGGCAAUGUAUUCAUCGUAAAAAGCAUCACUGCGAUGCCCAAGUUUGUGUUUCGAAUGAUUACAAGAGCUUCGAACGACGGUACGAGCACAGCCAUGGGAAGCUUCCAGAAAGUGAGGGAAAAAUUUUCACACCAUUAAGGGCAUUGCCGAAGAUUUUUCAAACUUGCAUGGACAUAUGCAUUCGGAAAUAUGCAAAACGCCAAGAAUCAAAAAUUCUUGUUGAAAAUCGAAGAGGAAAAAUGAUCAAGAAAAGAAGCAACGAAUUUUCAGACACUGAGCCGGUUGCUAAAAAUCAAAGGAAAGUUAAAAUAGAAACUUUUGCUAAAUCUUUCAAAACGGAAACCAAAAACGCACUUGGACAUGAAAACUCGGACCCAGAAUCUCCGAACUUAUUCCCGAUGGAAUUAGCAGAAUCUUAUCCAGACUUUUUUCACUUCGAAAGAGGUCCUCGUUCUAUUUACUACACGCUUGUGUAUUACGGCGAACGUUAUCACUCAGCAAUGUUCAACGUUAACUACACUUAUUGGCAGUGUAUUCAUCGUCGGAAGUACGGGUGUUCUGCUGUAAUACGGGUGUCAAAUGAUUACAAAUGUUUCGAACGUAGACGUGAGCACACCCAUGGUAAACUGCCCGAAAAAACAGGGAAGGUAUUCACACCAUUACAGGCACUACCAUUAAUCUUUCAAGCCUGCCGAAAUAUGACGCGCCAUCGUCGUACAGGGGAACCACUCCCGUCAGUUGAAUGCUAUCGACCAGUUGAUGACCCGUUCGAAGAUGUUGAGACUGAUCAAGAUAAUACAUCCAACACUAGCAUGGUUAAAAAGAAAAGUCUUUGUAAACCGCUAGAUACGAGUAAAUUGGUUGCUAAUCAAAGUUUACCAGCUAGCGAUCCAACAGAUCCUUCGGAAUACCCUAUGGUUCUGGCCAAAUCCUAUCCACCCUUUUUCUAUUUUGAAAAAGGGUCUCGCUCGUAUUAUUACACAAUGGUGUACUACGGCAGUCGUUUUAAUUCGGCAAUCUUCACUUCAAACUACACAUACUGGCAAUGUGUCCAUCGUCGGAAAUAUCGAUGCUCGGCUCAGAUAUGCGUAACGAAUGACUAUCAAUUCUUCGAACAAAGACACGAGCAUAGUCAUGGGGAACUUCUAGAGAAAACGGGAGAGGUUUUUACCCCACUGGAAGCACUACCGGUAAUAUUUGAAAUUGCCAAGAAAAUAAUAGAACGGAAACGGUUAAAGGCAAUUCAACGUAACAAGGGAGAUAAUGAAGACAACCCAGACACCCAGAGUGAAACUGAGCAAGAAAUAGUUAUGUCAGAUGAAGAUAAACCUUUAGAUACUACCGAUUAGUAUUCCCAUUCCAUUAGGUUUACGCAUGAAUAAAUGGGUGCGUAAAUACUUCUAAAAUGUAUGCAUAAAGUUGCCUGUGUAUUGUAGAUAAUGAAAAAAAGUACACCCUUUUAUCACUAGAUGCGCUGUCAGUAUCUCCGUACAGUGGGAAAUCUUGAUUCACUUGAUUUAUGGUUUAAGUAAGGUGAAAUAAAAGCUCUUUAACUGUUACCAA